GGAGCUGGCGCCGGCUCGCGCGGAGCUCGGGCGAGGGGACGGCGGGCCCGGGCGGCAGCUGAGCAUCGCCUGCGUGGGCGGCAGGGCCGCGGCCUCUGUGCUCGGCAGCACCACCUGUCGCGGGGCCGGGACGUCGGGUAUGGGGCCAAGGAGAGUAAUCUCCAGCAGCCAAUGGCCUGGCAGUUUUCAGUUUAUAAACACCACCAGAGAGUGAGUUCCACUGCCUGCAAGGCCUAGGCAGUGUGAAUGGCACACCAGGGAAGAAACCACAGAUAAUCUCAGUAUCCAAGAAACGCUCUAGUAAAAGGAAAGAUGCUGUCCCGGUUAAGAGUAGUUGCCCCUCCUUGUUCUCUGGCAUGUCGGCAUCUAAGUACAAAAGAGAAAGGCAAGCCGCUAAUGCUGAACCCAAGAACAAACAAGGGAAUGGCAUUUACUUUACAGGAACGACAAAUGCUUGGUCUUCAAGGACUUCUACCUCCCAAAAUAGAGACACAAGAUAUUCAAGCCUUACGAUUUCACAGAAACGUGAAAAAAUUGAAUGGGCCUUUGGAAAAAUACAUCUAUAUAAUGGGACUACAGGAAAGAAAUGAGAAAUUGUUUUACAGAAUUCUACAAGAUGAUAUUGAAAGUCUAAUGCCAAUUGUAUAUACACCAACAGUUGGUCUUGCCUGUUCACAAUAUGGACACAUCUUUAGAAGACCUAAGGGAUUAUUUAUUUCAAUCUCAGACAGAGGUCAUGUUAGAUCAAUUGUGGAUAACUGGCCAGAAAAUCAUGUUAAGGCUGUUGUGGUGACUGACGGAGAAAGAAUUCUGGGUCUUGGAGACCUGGGUGUCUAUGGAAUGGGCAUCCCAGUAGGCAAACUCUGUUUGUACACAGCCUGUGCAGGGAUACGACCCGAUAGAUGCUUGCCCGUGUGCAUUGACGUGGGAACAGAUAAUCCGGCACUCUUAAAAGAUCCCUUUUAUAUGGGUUUAUAUCAGAAAAGAGAUCGCUCACAGCGUUAUGAUGACCUGAUUGAUGAGUUUAUGAAAGCCAUUACUGACAGAUAUGGACAGAACACACUUAUUCAGUUUGAAGACUUUGGAAAUCAUAAUGCAUUCAGGUUCUUGAGAAAAUAUCGAGAAAAAUAUUGUACCUUCAAUGAUGAUAUUCAAGGGACAGCAUCAGUUGCUCUAGCAGGUCUUCUUGCAGCAGAAAAAGUUAUUGGUAAACCAAUCUCACAGCACAAAGUCUUAUUUCUUGGAGCAGGAGAGGCUGCUCUUGGAAUUGCAAAUCUUAUAGUCAUGGCUAUGGUAGAAAAUGGCCUCUCAGAAGAAGAAGCACAGAAGAAAAUUUGGAUGGUUGAUAAGUUUGGUUUAUUAUAUAAGGGACGGAAAGCUAAAAUAGAGAGUCACCAGGAAGCAUUUGCACACUCACCACCCCCAAACAUACCUGAAUCUUUUGAAGAGGCAGUAAAUACACUUAAGCCUUCAGCUAUAAUUGGAGUAGCAGGAGCUGGCCCCCUUUUCACUCCUGGAGUGAUCAAAGCCAUGGCUAGUAUCAAUGAACGGCCGAUAAUAUUUGCAUUAAGUAAUCCCACAGCAAAGGCUGAAUGCACAGCCGAAGAAGCAUAUACUCUUACAGAGGGCAAGUGCUUAUUUGCCAGUGGUAGUCCAUUCGGGCCAGUGAAACUCAAUGAUGGGCAGCUCUUCACUCCAGGCCAAGGAAACAAUGUAUAUAUUUUUCCAGGUGUGGCUUUAGCUGUUAUUCUCUGUAAUACCCGGCAUAUUAGUGACCAUGUUUUCCUAGAAGCUGCAAAGGCCCUCACGAGUCAGUUGACGGACCAGGAACUAGCUCAAGGAAGACUUUACCCACCACUUUCCAAUAUUCAAGAAGUGUCAAUUAACAUUGCUAUUAAAGUUACGGAAUACCUGUAUGCAAAUAAAAUGGCUUUCCGAUACCCAGAACCUGAGGACAAGGCCAAGUUUGUCAGAGAGAGAAUAUGGCGAAGUGAAUAUGAUUCCCUGCUCCCAGAUGUGUAUGAAUGGCCAGAAUCUGCGUCGACCCCUCCCCAGAUAACGGAAUAGAAAAAUCACAAUUAAAAAUACUUUCCACACUUCAGGGAAUACUUCCCCCCCCAGACAAAAAGAGAUAAUGUUAUCAAAUUUUAUUUUUCCCUUUGUUUUAUUCCCACAGUUUGCUUGACUUCUCCAUGGCUCUCAUGUCUAUGUGGAGUAAAUGUAUUGGCUGUGUUGUUGAUGCCUACCAGUACUCUACAAUCAUAACUCCUUUAUUCUGAUUUGUAGCCCUUGUCACAAGAAAGAGAUGUUAAAAUGUAUUUGUGAAUAUCUUUACCUGUACUUUUGUUCACACUUGCCAAAGUAUUUGCUAUUUACUAUAUAGGUGAUAAUUUUCUCCUUUAGGGCUACUAAAACAGGGAGUUACUUCUGUGAUAUAAGUACAGGAUUAUGAGAAGCCCAAGUCACCAAAUUCUAAAGAUAAAUUAUCAGUAUCUGAAAAUAGUCUUUACUUCUGCUUCAUUUUAUCUUCAUGCUCUGAAAUUCCUCUAUAGUAGAUAAACCUAGAGAAAUAUCAAAAACCUAGCCUAUUUAUUUUCCAGUAAUAAAUUGAGGUUUAACUAUAACAUUUUGGGAAAAAAAUGGGUACUACUGCUGCAUUUAGACAAAUGAAAUAGACAUUGUUUUCAAUGGUGUAUAAAAAUCAUAGUGUAUUUAAUAAAGAAAGUAUCUUAAAUUUAAUUGCUUCAAUUAUGCUAUUUUAUUGCCCAACUAGAAAUUUAGGUUUGCUCUUAUGAAAGUGUAUUAUUUGGUUUAUUUAUAGAUGAUCUGAGGUGUGGGAGCACAUGAUACCAUUUAACAAAUGAUGACUGAUAUGUGACAUUUAAUAAAUUAGUCACAGUUCACAUCUCCAUGAGCCCUUUAACUGGAGAGGCUAUGCCACUGUUCCAUAACAGUGCUCUUUAUUACGGAAGGGAUUUUGGGACGCCCCUAGGAUACUUCCUUUGCAUGUUGUUAUUAGUGACAUAUCUUUCUACAUUGAAGGUGGAUUUUUUGUUUUUUAAACCGCCAAAAUUAGUUUUAAGCUAAGUAUUAGAGUACGGUAGGUGUUCAGAUAGGCAAUUCCAUUUUUAAUUGCACCAAGAUGGGAAAGAAUUGCUAGAGCAGUUUUCUUGUGUAGCUCACAUAUUGGAGAUGUCUAGAGGCAAAUCCAAAAACAAUUCAAAAAGUAUUGUUAUAUAUUUAUCGAACAUAGCUAUCUUGAGGCAACAUAACUUUGGAAUGUUUAUUUAAAAUAUUAACUACAAAAAAUUAUUCAUGCUACUUAUCCAGAUCUCCAACAUCAUGGCUACGUUACAUGUGACCAUCUCUAGGUGAAAGAGGGGAGGGGGGUCUGUCUUUAUAUUGUUCAAGUUUUCUACCUGUGAGAGAUCGCUUCAUAAGAGUUUUGAUUAUAAUUCAGUGUUUCGCGAAUGCUUGAAAUCGCAUUGCCGCUUGGAGUAUGGCAACAGACAAUUGGUAGUUUACUCAUUAGGCAGUAACGUGUGCUUUCAUCUAAAUUUAUUUUGUAAAGUGAGCAACAAGGUCAGUUUGUUGUAAUUAAAUAUGAAAGAUUUGUGUGUUUGUUACCUUUGUCUGAACAAAAUAAUCCCCAAAUUACUCUAAAACCUCGGCUUUUUGUUUUGUUUAUUCUUGCUUGGGGCCACACCUGCUUAUGCUCCGGUCUUACUCAUAGCUCUGCACUCAGGAAUGAUUCCUGCGGUGCUCUGGGGACCAGAUGGGAUGCCGGAGACUGAGCCAGGUUGGCUGCAAGCUGUGCAAGAGCCCUGCGCGCUGUGCUGUCUCCCCAGCCCCACUACGCUGCAACCUCGAUUUUCUCUUGACAUUACAAGUCUAGUCACUAUAAACCUACUGUUGACUUAAAGCUUACUAGGCAGAAAUAUAUGUUGAAUUGAAAUAAAUUUACUAAUAGGUUUGUUUAAGUUUAGUACCGUUAUCAUUGAAAUUAUACUUUUAAAAAAGGCCGAAUACACAUUUACAUAGGAUAAAAAUUCUCAGAUGUGUAAUUACCAAUCAGUGUAUUGAAGAGUAACAACCGGAUGUAUGUGUACCCGAGCUGGAGAGAGCAAUACAACGGGUAGGGAGUUUUACUUGCACACAGCCUACCUGGUGUGUAGGCUGGUAUGUACACCCCAAUACCUUAUAUGGUCCCCUGAGUCCUGCCAAAAGUAAUCCCUAAGUACAGCUGGAUGUGGCCAAAAAAAAAAAAAAAAUAGUAAUACCUUUUUAUCUGACCUUGCACCAUUACUUGUGAACUAAGAGAACUAAAUUAGAGAAGGAACUAAUUAGAGAAUGCAGGUAAGACUCAUUGUGAUGGAAAUCUUAGUUGCAAAGCUGCCCUGCUGUUUUGUUUUGUUUUGGGGCCACACCUGCUGAUGCUAAGGAGUAACAUCUGACUCUGCACUCAGGAAUCACUCCUGGCGGGCUCAGGAAAAGAUACAGGAUGCCAGUGAUUGAACCCAGGUUGACUGCGUGCAAGGCAAGCGCCCUACCCCUGUACUAUCUCUCCGGCCUCAAGCUGCAAGGGUUUUGGUUAAAAUAUUUUUAAGAGGGCCAGAGAGAUAGUACAAAGGCAAAGGCACUUGCCUUGCAAGUGUCUGACCUGGGUUCAGUUCCUCGCAUCCUGUAUGGUCCCCAGAGCCCCCCAGGAGUGAUCCCUAAGCAUAGAGCCAGGCAGGAGUAAGCCCUGAACAUAGUCAGGUACGGGCCCCUCCCUGCAAAGCAGUUAAGGGACAGAUUCUUAACUAGGAAGUUACCUCAGGUCACCCUGAAGCGCCUUGAAAUUGCAGAGGCCGUGCCCCUGUCCCUUGCAGGGCCCCUGGGCAGUGUCUGAGCUGCACGGGCCUGGGUGACUCGCCCCUCACUUCCCUGCCCUCCCAGUCCGUUGCCUUAAAGCACACGUUGGGCUGCUUCCAGCCAGACUUAACCUGCUGUGCCGCUGAUAGAGUGAGUCCGGGCUGGGGCCUGGGGUCCUCAUUUCUGACAAGCUCCCACCCCACCCCCCGCCGCUGGGCGAGAGAAGGGCGUGAGUGGCAUGAACUCUGGACUGGGGUGUAGUGUGCUGUUCCAUAGAGUCCCCACAGUCUUUUCCAGCCAGUCAUGUCCUUACGUGGAAAUAUUUUUUUUUUCAAUUGAAAUACAGCUGAUACUUAGUUUCAGAUAAACAGGAGUAAAUCCUUACAUAGGUUAAAAUACAAAGAUUGCAAAGUGAGGGCCAUUUUAACAUCUAUUACUAUAGAGAGUUACAAGGUUUCACCUAUUAAAUGUAAUAUAUUUUUAACGGAACCACUGUGAUUCAUUUGUGUAACAAUCACAGUUGUUACAAAGUUGUUUGUGAUGGGCUACAGUCUUACAGUGUUCCAACAUCCGCCCCUUAACCAGUGUACAUUUCCCACCAUUCUACUUGUAAUUUUUAAAGGAUGUUUCUAAGAACAAAGCCAAUAAAAAACUUUCAGAAAGAUUUUCAUGAGACUACAUAGCAUUCUAAAUUAGGUUUUCAUUUUUUGUGUUUGUUUGGGGGCCACACCCAGCUGUGCUCAGGGUUUCCUAACCUGGCUCUCUGCUCAGAGAUCCUUCCUGGCAGUGCUCAGGAGACUGUAUGAGAUGUUGGAAUCCAAGUCCAGUCGGUUGCGUGCAAGGCAAAAACUCUAUCACUCACACCUAAAUACGAUUUUUAAUGCACUCGGUAAAAUCUAACAACCAAUUUUUAUUUGUACAAGAUUAGCAAUCAAGUUUGUUUCUACUCUCAUUGUCAUCUUAUGAUAAGACUUAACCUCUCCUCUCCUGUGACGUUGCCUUUCUGCCACUGGGGAAGUUCAGUUCUGUAUUCUCCUUUGCCAGGAAGUUGCUCACGAAUGAAGACCAAAGCGUGCCAAUAAGAGGUUGAGAGCAAGAUUUACUGUUCUCUGCUGAGAAAGGCCUCGGGGGCAAAGGCGAAAAUGCUCCAGCCCAGGAUACUGUAGCUUCCACCAGCAUCUUCAGUAUCCCUCACAGAGAACUUCACACUUUCACACAGCUCCAGGGUGCCGUAGAAUUCACCAGAAGGAAUCAGCUCUGUUGAGCAAACAUACUUAUUUGAGAGCAUUAUUGUAAACUCCAAACUUCCCUGCUGGGAUCCCUCGAAAAGGACUUUUUUUUGGAAGGUGGGGCGGGGGAGGCACAUCCAGCAAUGAUGCUCCGGGCGUUAAGGAUGAAAUCUGCACCAAUAGGAUAUGGCACCAGUACACUUUCUUGGACUUUUGAGCUAUUUGUGAUUGGCACUUCACUCUGCCUCUACAGGUUAAAAUGAAAUUUUCAACAAACUUAAAGUAACAAAAUUUAACUGAAAUUUGUACUGUUUAAAUAUUUUAAGUAAUUUUAAAAUUAACAGUUUAAAUAUUUUAAAUAAUUUUGACAACCAAUAACAUGAAAUUAGAAUUAUGUGUAUUAACAUCAGUGGAGGAAAGUGUGGGGUUUCAUUUCAAAUUCUAAUAAAUGCAACUGGGCCUAAUUAAGAUAUGAUACUGCAUAAUUCCCUUGAUUCUUGCCAGGAGUUACUCAGAUAAAUUUUUGAUUAGGUUUUGAAACAAUGAACUUCCUUUGACAAGAAAAUUGUGCCACUCAAAGAGAAGAGUAUGAAGUUGUAAUAUUUUCACAGUCAGGAUGCAUUAAUAUGCAAACUAAAUCAAACUUGCAAAUGCUUUGUAUCUUUCUGCAACUGCUUUUUGCUAAUAAACUGAUUCUUGACCAUA